UUUUCGUUUCUUCCUGGACAAGAAUCAUCUUGUUCUGUCAAAACCAGAAACCUUAAUUCGCUUCGAACGCAAAUGCAGUUUCAGAUCACUAGAACAGAGUGUCAACCCGCUAGUUUCAGAACCCACUUUCAACCUUAAAGCAAAGUGUAUGCAGGUGUUUCUUGUUGUUAAAGUUAUGUCACAAGAAUAUGAUUUGGGGGACGGGCAUUACAAAAGAAACCUUUCUCCAAAAUGGUUCUGCAAGACCUCCUCCUCAACCCCCCCUCUUGUUCUUCAUGAUCAUGUCAAAGAUUAUAAUACUAAGUCCACUUUCUCGGAUUCAAGUCUUCUUGCUCGUAGUUUUCACAGGCAAGUGUUUAUUGAAGACAGAAAGAAAAUGUCUUUUGCUCAACCAUUAGGUGCUUCUUCUGGAGUUUUGCUAUGUAGACACAUCUCCUCUUCUUCUGGAAAACCAGAAGAAUCGAGCAUAAAGAUUGAUGCUCUAGGAGAUGUUGUCCCUGAUGGAUCUGUGGAAGCUGUGCAAGCAAUGGUCAAUAAUCUAAUUGGUUGGAGUCUAGAAAUGAAAUACUUAUAUCCCCCUGUGUACUGCGUGCAGUGUGUGAUUAUGGCAAUCCAUGACUUUACCGGCUUCAACUGGUAUCUAGUUUGAUUAUUAUAUUUUGGUUGGUCUCUUUAUGUUU